CGGGCGUGUGGCAGCAGGACGCAGCAACGCAGGACAGGGCAGGCCCGGCAGGGACACGCAACACGUGGGGCACCACGCGUGACGGGGCCGGGGUGACAGCGUGUAGCACCUGGCAGUGUCACCCCACGUGCGAGCAAGGAGCGGCACCCCGGCAGUCAGUGCCAGAGGGCACACAACAUGCAACAUACAACAUACAACACAGCAUGCAACUCGCAGGGCCACGCGUCGUGACACGCCACAGGCAGCUCGACGCAGCAGGUGACGGCAGGAUGUGGGUUGCAGAGGGACCAGCUCCAGCCCAGUGGCACCUGCGGGACGAGGCCCACGCCGGACACUUCCUGGCCACCGCCGAGCGCCUCCGUACGGCGGGACACCUGGUGGACGUGGCCGUGGGCCCGGAGGGCGAUGUGGCCCAUGCGGUGGUCCUGGCCUCCAUUAGCUCCUUCUUCCUGCGUUUUCUGGAGGGCCGGAGCAGAGAGCUGUGCCAGGGCCCCCCAGCCCACGUCCCCCUGCCCCCUGGGGCAACGCUGGGGGGCUGGCGGGCUCUGCUGGCCUUUGCCUAUGGGGGAGCGGUGCCCCACGGCCGGGAGAAGGAGGUGAAGGAGGCUGCCCAGGCGCUGGGGGCCCCCCGGGUGGUGGCUGCCUGUGCCCGGGAGGGGGGCCCCGAACCCCUGGAGGAGCAGUGGGAGACACUAAGAGCCAUGGAGCAGCUCCGCGCCAGCGGCCUGGGCUGCGACCUCCAGCUCCAGGCGGGGGAUGAGGUGAUCCCAGUUCAGCGCCUGGCCCUGAGCUGCUCCUGUGACUUCUUCCGGGCCCUCUUCACUUGCCCCAUGAGGGAGGCCACCCACGACCCGGCGGCCCCCCUGGCCACGAAGCUGUCCCCAGCCGAGCUGCGCCUCCUCCUCUCCUUUGCCUACACGGGGGCUGUGGCAGGACCAUGGUCUGUGGUCCUGGAGGCAGCCGAGACCUCCCUGCGCUACCAGGCCUGGGGGCUCCUCUCCCUCUGCCUGGAUGUCUUCACCCAUGAUCUGAGCCCAGAAACUGGCCUGGACGUCCUGGCCUUUGCUGUGGCUUAUGGGCUGGCCCAGGUGGGCCGCAUAGCCGAGGACUACAUCUUGGCCACCUUUCCCAGUGUGGUGGCCACACCAGCCUUCCUGGAUCUUCCUGCACACCUUCUCAUCCGCCUGCUCCGCUCUGAUGGCCUCAAUGUCCUCUAUGAACUGGAGACCUUGGAAGCAGCAUCCCGGUGGCUUAUGGCCAACGGAGAUGUUGAAGAAGAUCAAGCCAAGGAAGUCCUGUCAUCUGUUCGCUUUGCCCUAAUGUCUGGCCUGGAGCUGAAGAAGGUCCCAUCAGUGACUGCAGGGGUUGCUGACCCAAAGAUCCUCCGUGAGCUCAUCAUAGCAAGUUUGGCCCCCACGGCCCAGCUGCCGUGCCGAGUGCGUUCCUUGCAAGAGGUGCUGGUGGUUUGUGGUGGAGACAAAGUGACAGCCAACCUGGCUGCCCGGAAGCCCAGCAGACACCUCUGGUUUGCCCACCGCUACCUCAGUGCUGUGGGGCUGGUGAAGCAGGUGGAGUGGCGGCCACUGGGACACUUCCCUGACGGCCCACGCUUCCGCCACGCUGUAGCUGUGGUGGGCAACAUCCUCUAUGUCCUGGGUGGAAAGCGCUACUAUGGGGUCCAUGACACCCUGGCCAGUGUCUACAGGUAUCAGCCCAUGGAGGACUCCUGGGAGCGCCUGGCCAGCAUGACCUGUGGGCGGAGCUACUUUGCUGCGGUGGCACUUGGGGAUGUCAUCUAUGCCCUGGGGGGCAGCUCAGGGGAGCUCUACUGCACAGACACUGUGGAGUGCUAUGACCUGGCCAAGGACACCUGGAGGAGGUGCCAGCCCCUGCCCAUGGCUCUGUGUGGGCACGCAGCGUGUGCCCUGGAUGGUGCCAUCUACGUGUCAGGGGGAUGUGAUGAGGCGGGCCAGUGCCAGGCGUCCUUGCUGCGCUACGCCCUGGGGGUCCCUGCCACAGCCCUGGCCCCCAUGAAUGGCCAGCGAGCAGGUCACGUCAUGCAGGAGGCAGGUGGGCAGCUCUACGUGGCCGGGGGGCUGUGCCAGCGGGUUGGGCAGACUGGCUACAAGGACCAGCUGGCCUUCGAGGUCUACAGCCCCAAGCUGAACAGCUGGGUCCUCCUUAGCCCCCUGCCUCAUGCCCAUGUAGUUGGGGGUGCAGCAGUGCUGGGGGGGGAGCUGCUGGUCCUGGGAGGCUACAGCCAUGAGACCUACAGGGACACCCACUUGAUUCACGCCUACCAGCCGGGCACCCGGCGCUGGAUCACCCGGGGCACCUUGCCCCACCCCUACACUGACCUCCAAGCCUGUGUCCUCACUGUACCCACUGCCUUACGUGACCCCAACUACCCUCAGGGCCACUCAAGAUCACCUGACACCCCCAAUAAGACUUAGAGGGACUAAAAGCUCUGCAGCCCAUACUGGGAUCUCCAGGUAGCAUCCAUGGGCACCUAUGGGAUGAAACUGCCUCCAGCUCCCUCCCCCAGAACAGGUUCCUCCCAUGGUUUCCAGCAACCCCACUGCCUCCAGGGUACAUACCUUGGACUGCGGGGACCUCUGGGACACAAAGACUCCCCACACUGCAGCCCUGCACUCCCCUGCCCUGAGCCCUUCACGGGGAGCUGGGGACUCCUCAACCCCCUCACACGGGUUAAAUAAAAGUGGCUCCUGAACUGCC